GUAACACCAUCCAAGUGCUCACUACACCAUCCCACACUCCCAGCAACGGUCAACACUCUACCAUCCCACACUCCCAGCAACGGUCAACACUCUACCAUCCCACACUCCCAGCAACGGUCAACACUCCACCAUCCCACACUCCCAGCAACGGUCAACACUCUACCAUCCCACACUCCCAGCAACGGUCAACACUCUACCAUCCCACACUCCCAGCAACGGUCAACACUCUACCAUCCCACACUCCCAGCAACGGUCAACACUCUACCAUCCCACACUCUCAGCAGAGGUGCUUUUUAUUCGACACUCCACUUCUAACCCAGAUGAAAGUGACAAUACUGCUCCUGUGUGGCUUGGCUCUGGCGGCAGCCCAUCCCACCUGGAAGGAAUUCAAGACUAAAUAUGACCGCAAGUAUAAAAACUCAAAAGAAGAAAAUCACCGCAAGCGUGUGUUCCAGACAAAUCUUCAGCACAUCGUUAAUCUUUCGAAGGGGAACUCUACCCACAACGUGGCGAUGAACGAGUUUGGUGACAUGACGAAUGCCGAAUUCAAAAAAAAGAUGAACGGAUACGUACCUUCGUCGUCCCGAGAGGCCAACACAGUAUUCAGCCCCCAGACAAGGGUCCUGCCAGCUGCUGUGGACUGGCGUACCCGCGGCUACGUCACUCCUGUCAAGGACCAGUUAGAAUGUCGUUCUUGUUGGACUUUUUCUACGACCGGCUCCUUGGAGGGUCAACUGUUUCGUAAAACCGGCCAACUGGUGAGUCUCUCCGAGCAGCAGCUACUCGAUUGCGCCGGUGGUAUGUACUAUAACCAUGGAUGUUACGGUGGAUCAAUGAAUAAUGCCUUCAACUACCUCAUGGAAACUGGGUCUGACAGUGAGGCUUCCUACCCUUACGUGGGAGUGCAAGGGACUUGCAACUUCUCACCCAACAACAUUGCCGCCACAGUAACUGGCUACGCCACCAUAACUUCACAAAGUGAGAGUGCUCUGAUGAGAGCCGUAGCGACCGUAGGUCCCAUCUCUGUGGCCAUCGAUGCGGACCACCCUUCAUUCCAGUUCUACAGCGGUGGUGUGUACUAUGAGCCGACGUGCUCGUCAACUAGCCUUACCCACGCCGUACUGGUAGUGGGCUAUGGCACUGACAGCUCAGGAAUACCCUACUGGAUUGUUAAGAACUCUUUUGGUGCCACCUGGGGCAUGGGUGGGUACAUUUUUAUGGUUCGUAACUGGAAUAACAAUUGUGGUAUUGCCACUGAUGCUUCCUUCCCGACGGUGUAGUUAUUGUAGAACUACCAGUUCAGAGAGAAAAGUAUAAGCUGAAAUUUCUGUGGCAUCAGGGACGCAAAUUUAAA